CUGUAUAUAUGCUCUUAUUAGUGGUUCUAAGGCAUAAAGGUUAUGAGACAGAUUCUAACGUCACUCAAGAGGCUCAGCGUCUGUCUAAACAAGUAGGGAAUGAGAAGCAGUGGCGGUUCCUCCCUGACUCAGUGGAGGCAGCACGGGGCAGUAGUGUGCUGGUUACUGACACCUGGAGAGGGAGUGUGGCUGCAUGUAAAGCAGAGGAAGUGGAUGAUGAGGCUUUCUACUCAACCCCAUCCCUUGUGUUCACAGAGGCUGAGAACCGCACGUGGGCACAUCAUGGGUUUGAUGGAGUGCAUCCUGACAGACUACAAGCUGCUAAUUCCAAAACUUAAAUUUUUAAAUAUCUGGAAAAAAUC